AUGUAUUUCAUUAAUUUAAUACAUGCCACCUUGAUCUCGCUUGGCCUUUUGGACAAGCGAGCCAAGCUGUUGCUGCUUGGGCUCGACAACUCUGGUAAGUCAACGCUGUUAUAUAGGUUGAUAACUGACGAGCUCGGGGCAUUGGAUCCUACUGGGCGCCCAACUUCAGAAGAGCUCAAAAUCGAUAACGCGCUUUGUACCACGUUUGACCUCGGCGAUCACCAACAAGCCAGGAGCCUCUGGGAAGACCAUUUACGGGAGGUUGGCGGCAUUGUGUUUGUUGUCGAUGCUGCAGAUCCUGAGCGCUUCGACGAAGCCAGAGCUGAGCUAUGGGCCCUCUUUGCAAAAAAGGAGUUAGCCGAUGUUGCUUUCCUGGUACUAGGUAACAAGAUCGAUGAUGAAAAUGCCGUAUCGGAUGUCGAACUUCGUGCCCGGCUUGGCCUUAACAAUCCCUUACGCGAGGACGUUAGGCUUUUCAUGUGUUCCGUGGUCGAGAGGCAGGGAUAUGGCGAAGUUCUACGAUGGCUCGCCGAUCGCCUCUAA